GGAUCACUCUAAAGACUCUCUUGAUGUGGAAGCUGAAGAUGCCUCUAAGCAGGAGAUCUGGUGUGGAUCCCUGAAAGGAGGAAACAAAGCCUUCUCCCCUCACCCCCCUCCCCACCAGAUUUCUCCAUCUGUCUUGAUGCCUUCCGGUAGGUGGGGAUGUGUGGACACUUGGGAGGUCCAGGCCCAAAGCUGUGCUAAUCUACUUGAAUCAACCAAGCAGAAUGCAGGCAUCAGCCUCCCAGGAUAAGAACCGGAGGAAGCCAGGCCAUAAUGAAGGUCAGGACACUAGAGGUGCUCACAAUCCUGACUAUGAGAAUAUAACCUUGGCCUUCAGGAACAAGGACCAGCUCAAAUUCAAUCAAUCGGCACCCACGAGACAAGCCCAGUUCAAGACAUCACUGGCUACGUCUCAGAUCCCACCUUGGUUGCACAGAACCAUCAUGAUCUUGUAUGUCCUCCUCGCUCUCAUUUUUUUAUCAUGCAUCAUCCUCUCUGCUUUGGUCCUGGUCAAAAAUUCUGAAAUGUCCAGGGAGCUGUGGAGCUUGAGAGGGGGGCUUUCGAACGUUUCAAGCAUGGUGCUGAACUGCCAGAAUCAGGAAAGGGAUUAUUGGAAAGCUGUCCAGAGGGUCAUCCAGGAGGCCAAGAAUAACAUUGCCAUGGUCUUGAGCCAAGUGCAGAGCGGAAAUGACAAGCUGAAGACUGUGCCAUCAGAUAUAACCGGAAUCAAGAAAUCUCUCGAGGCACUAGAGAAGAAAGCGCUUGCUUAGCCCAGUCCUCAGUAAAUAAGAGGCCAGCACAGACACACCUGAAGGACUUGGGAUUGCACCUGCUAGUGAAGAUGGCAAAUGGGGGUACUCAGCUUGAGUGUGAGUCUGCCAUUCAUCUGCAUCGAGAAAACCAUCCAUCCAGGGGAAUGAGUGUGUAUGUAGGGGAACAUUUUGUGGCAUAUGGAGUUUCCAUGUAUCCAAGGGGAAGGUGAUAUGAUGAAAAGAGCACAUGGAACGCCCAGCAUGUGUUACUUUUUAUGGGCAACAUAGGUGUAUGGCCUGGACAUAUAUGAUGAUCGGCGUGUCCUGGUGAAUAGCUGUUCCCAUGAAGCCUCUAAAGUAUGUCAUUGUGAGUGUGGGUGUAGGUGACAUGUGGGAUGUGUCUCCACAUUAGGUUGAAUGUGCAUGUGUGCAUUUGGCUAUUUGUGUGUGUGUCACUGCAGUGUUGGGUUAAUGUACACCCUGGGAUGUACUGUGGUGCCUUGGGGGGUGGGUCAUUGCUAGUGUUCUUGACUGUGUUACCUGUGUGUUCAGAGCAUGUACAGAAAUGUACCCGUUAAUUCCUGCACUUGUAUUUUAUGACUCAUGAAGGUAAAUGCCAAGAGAAAUGA